AUGGAGUUGAUUCCUGGUCUUCCGGACGACGUAGCUCUGGAAUGUCUUCUUCGGAUUUCGUUUGAUCAGUUUCCCAAAGCUGCAUCUGUCUGUAGAGCAUGGAACGGUGUGAUUAAGCAGCCGGAGUUCUUCCGGCGCCGGAAAGCUUCCGGUCUAACCCGACCUGUCAUUGCCAUGGCUCAGUCCAAUAAUGGUUUAUCCGGGAAUCUACCGGACCGGCUCACGCUUUUCGAGCCGGUAAAAGGGCGUUGUUACGAUGUUCCGCCGAUACCGGAGAUGGUGGCAGGGAUGCCGAAUUUCUGUCGCGUCGUCGGGAUUGGGCCGGAGCUGGCGGUGAUAGGCGGGUGUGAUUUGCGGACAGGGCGGUUUCUGAAUUCUGUUUUCAUCUACAAUUUCUUAUCCGCCAGGUGGAGGCGCGGGGCCGAUAUGCCAGGCAAGGGACGCCUGUUCUUCGGAUGCGCGGCGUCGGAGGAGGAGGGGACGGUGGUGGUCGCUGGCGGACUUGGCUUGGGCAACAUCUCGCUAAAAUCCACGUUGGCGUAUGACGUGGCGAGGGACAGGUGGAUGCCGUUGCCGGACAUGUCAUACCGGCGACACAAGUGCACGUGCAUCUUCCACCGUGGCAAGUUCCACGUUGUCGGCAGCUACGAGGUGGAGGCCCGUCAAACUACCGAAACACUCGACCUUGUCACCCGCCAAUGGCGCCUAGGUGACAGAAUCUCAGAAGUGGCGGCCUUAUCGCGUGAGACAACUUACCUAGAAAUUGUGGGGUAA